AAUAAUAUAAUUGCUUCUAAAUAUUGUAUUUUUUUAAUACUGUCAGUUCGAGUCUAAGUCGAGGAAGCCAUUCGGACGCGAGUACAACAACAAAAGUCAUGGACUGCAGCUGUGUUACAUUUAUUCUUUCGUCCGUUUUAUGUCUCCUUUUACCUCAGGCAUACGGAGGAGAUAUUCCAAUAUGUGGGAUACUUAACACUCGGCCAAAUGGAACCAGUGCAUCAUCCGAGAAGUAUUGCAUAUCAUUCUACAGAGAUAUAACAUCUCUCCCCAGCGAUGACAAGACUGCGGAAUAUUUCCAAAUAUCCGAUGCCCUCGACUGGAACAUCUGUAAUGACACUGAACCUCCCCCUCACCUCGACUUAGAGAACCGCCUUAUCUUUGUCUCAUCGGAGAACAAUUGCUCUGUAAUGGAACGUGCUAGUAUAGUGCAGAAACACGGAGGUGCUGGAACGCUUAUCGUCGAAUCCAAGUUAAAUCUGCCAGAACAAGAGGACUUGAACUACAAUUUUACCCUUGGAUUUAUUGAUAACUCCAGUUAUGCCAAGAUAAUGGAAACUGCAGAUAACGUGACCACGGCAGGCAUGUAUUCUCCAAAGGAUUCUCCCCUUCACAUCAGCUUGAUCAUCAUAUGGAUUUUGGCCGUUUUCUCUGUGUCAGUCGGAGCAUUCUGGUCAGGCAGUGUUCGCCACAGGCUGUACCUCAGCGAGCAGUGCGGUGGUGCAAGUUACGAAAGCCGCGGAGAGCAUCUUCAGGAACCUGUUCUGCCCCAGGAGGAGACUUCGAUGAACUUGUCUCCAAAGACCAUUCUGCUAUUUGUUGUUAUGAUGUGCACCAUGUUGCUACUCCUGUACUUCCUCUAUGACUACUUAGUAUAUAUGAUCAUGGGCAUGUUUUGCAUUGCAUCUGGGGCGGCCAUGUUUUCCUGCUUGGAGCCUCUCGUAUCGAAGAUCCCCUGUGGGUCAUGCAGGACACCAUACUUCAACAUUUACAUUGUGAGAGGCACCCUGGAGUUCAGACAGAUCUUGUUGUUGAUAUUCUCCUUUGGUUUGUCCAUUACAUGGAUCGUCAUGAGGAAGGAACCCUGGGCAUGGAUUCUUCAGGAUAUAUUAGGGAUAACAUUCAGUAUCAACGUCUUGAAAGUGAUUCGUCUGCCAAGUCUCAAAAUCUGUACAAUCCUCUUGUGUGGUCUGGUAGUUUACGACAUCUUCUUCGUCUUUAUUACUCCUCUUAUCACAGCCGACGGUAAAAGCAUCAUGGUCGAAGUUGCCAAAGGAGGCGCAAGCCGUGAGCAGCUGCCCAUGGUCCUGAAAGUACCCAACUUCUCCUAUUAUGAAAUUGCUGAUAUAUGUGGCCUCAAGGAUAACUACAAUCUUCUAGGAUUUGGGGACAUUUUGAUCCCAGGGCUGUUAGUUGCGUUCACCAGCGCUUUCGAUCGCCAAGUUGGGACGCCUUGCCAUCUUUACUAUCUUGUCAAUGUCAUCGGCUACGGAUCAGGCCUCGUGCUGACCUUCGUGGCCCUCUACUUCAUGAGCGUGGCCCAGCCUGCCCUGCUCUACCUGGUGCCCUUCACCCUCAUCCCGACGUUCAUCACAGCAGCCUGCAGGGGAGAGUUCCUGGCCAUGUGGAGAGGCGACUCAGACAAGCAGGCUGACCGACCAUUGCGUGGUGUAGGGAAGGUGUCCCCCAAGUUCGAGAGUGACGAAGCCGACGGCGAGGUCGACGAAGCCGACUCCGCUGCCGACGACAGUAUCAGCCACCCAGCGAAUACAACAACAUCCACAACAGCAACAACAGCCGCUUAUUCAUAGGACGUCCAGUGAGAGUGAAAGGGAGAGAAUAAAAAGAGAAUUUCUCUCUCUCUCUCUCUCUCUCUCUCUCUCUCUCUCUCUCUCUCUCUCUCUAACUCCCAGUCUCUUUCCUCGGCAGGAGAAACUUGAAGUAUUUUAAAUCUCAAAAAAAUGUAGUCGUAGAAAUAUAUAUAUAUAGUGUAGAUGGGGAAUCUCUCUCUCUCUCUCUCUCUCUCUCUCUCUCUCUCUCUCUCUCUCCUCUCUCUCUCUCCCAGCUGUGGGCAAAACUACGGUCUGCCAAAUUAUAGCAAAGUUGAAAGGGUUGCUGACGUUACUUUGUUUUUGCAAAUAAACGUGGUUCAUGUGAAGUUCCUCUACUUUGAGAUAUCAUUCAACAUUGUUUUUUUUUAUUCUUCUUUAAUUUGAGUUACUUUGUUUUCAGACGAUUGUGUUUUUAUUUGAAGUUUCUGCCCUAUGAUAUAAUUUUUUUUUUUCUUUUAAAUUUAGGUACUUGGUUUUUUUAAUUUGUUUUUAUUUGAAGUUUCUACUUUGAAAUAUGAAUUAAUGAUUUUUUUCUUUAAGUUUAAACAGGGUUACUUUGUUUAUCAAAUAAAUACAUUGUUCUACUUUAUAAUAUUUUAAUAAUAAAAACCAUUGUUUUUUUUUUAAUGUCUCAUGUGAAGUUCCUACUUUAAAAUACAUAAUUUCCAAGUGAGUUACUUUGUGUCUUAAAUAAAAGCAGGUCAUGUGAAUCUUCUUCAGUACUUUGAAGUAUUAUUAAGUAAUAAAAAUUAAUUAAAUUUUCCCUUAAAAAGCCUUUUAUUUUGUCUAUUUCAAAUAAAUUAGUGAAUUUUUUAAUGCGGCCCGUGCACUGGAAAGUCUUCCCACCCCUGGUAUACUCUCUCUCUCUCUCUCUCUCUCUCUCUCUCUCUCUCUCUCUCUCUCUCUCUCUCUGUAUAUUUAGAGAUAAGUACUAAUGUAUUUCAAAGCAAGCCUUUUCUCAGCAGGAAUAUACACGGAUAUUAUACAAGAAUGUAUUUGUAUAUUAUACGGAAUGUGUAUAUAUGCACAUGCAUAUACAAAUUUGUGUAUAUAUUUACCAUCAUGAAAAAAUAAUGCGCAGUUUGGUUGUAUGAUCAAUAACGGUGGUUUAUACGUUAUAUGCAUACCUGUAUACAAUUUAAUUUUAAGUAUAUACAUAUAUAUAUAUAUGUACUAAUAUAAAUAUAUUUGUAUUUAUACAUAUACAUGUAGGUGUGUAUGCAUACAUAGGAGUAUACACGGAUUGUAUAAAAUGCCGGUUCCAGAACACUUUUUUUUUUUUUUU